CUAAAAUGCCUAAAAUGAAUUCUUCAAAUUUCGUACCAUUAGAUUUAGAAGUUAACAGAAUUGUGUGGAUUGAUAUGGAGAUGACUGGGCUUGAUAUCGAAAGGGACAAAAUUAUGGAAGUGGCUUGUUUAAUCACAGACUCUGAUCUCAAUAUAGUAGCAGAGAGUCCUGAAAUUAUUGUGGGACAACCAGAGAAAAUAUUAGAAACUAUGACACCAUGGUGUAUCAAACAACAUGGAAAAGUAUGAAAAUAA